AAUGUCUAUAACACCAUCGUGAGCUCUCCUCCAGUGUGUGUUAUUAUUUUUAAAGCGGCGUCAACUUAAGAACCUGCGCUCGCAGUGUAGCACUCUCGGGCAGCGAGCGAAGGGACUGUUCAGUUUAAUCCUCGUGUAGUUUGUCUUCCUUGGUGCGCACAAGAGCAUUUCUAAAGACAAUUUAAGACCACCGCAAAGCGAGGACGGCAAUAAUAACGGCGGAAACAUUAGGAGCAGUAUCGACCGGGUCCCUCUCGGACUUUUUUUUCCAAAUGAUUACUAGCGAGUCGGAAGAUGGAAACUGGAUCUUGAACGACUUCAGUCGGGAUUUUCGUUAGUUUAGCCGAUCUGGCAGUUGGUUAAGGGAGAGAACGGGAGUCUUGUAGCUGAGAAUCAGUGCGAGACAACUGGCCCUCCGUUUCUCUCGGUAGGAGUAAGCAGGAGUGCGCUAGCCGGGACGUUGGUCUGUUAUUGCUAAUUAGAAUAAAAUAAUUAUAAUAUCAGAGCAGCAGAGCGCAGGGCUGCAGUGCGCUGGGCAGAUGACCUCAGCCAUCCUGCGGCAGAACAGAGGGGGAGGAGGGGGCAAUGAUUGAUUGAUACUUCGUGUGUGUGUGUCGGGGGUGGGGUGGGGGGAGGCUUCUGUUGGGGGUACCGGACAGCAUGUGAGAACAAACGGCUCAGGGCAGUCACCAAAGCAGGAUUUCAGCAAGAGAAUACGGAGAAAAAAAAAAUAGGAUAAAAUGACUAUCCCGAAAGACAUUCCUGAAAAGUGGUUUCCCAUGGUGGUUCCGCUUAAAAGGAAGAAGGCGGAGGGGAGCGGCUGUGAGAGAGCCGGCGCCAGCGCAGCAGGAGCAGAGGAGGAGAGAAGAGUGAAAGCGAAUGACCGGGAGUACAACGAGAAGUUCCAGUACGCGAAUAACUGCAUCAUGACCUCCAAGUACAACAUCAUCACUUUCCUGCCUGUCAACCUCUUUGAGCAGUUCCAGGAAGUGGCCAACACCUACUUCCUGUUCCUGCUCAUUCUACAGUUAAUUCCUCAGAUCUCAUCACUCUCUUGGUUCACCACCAUUGUGCCUUUAGUCUUGGUGCUGAGCAUCACUGCAGUGAAGGAUGCUACAGAUGACUAUUUUCGUCACAAGAGCGACAAGCAGGUCAACAACCGCCAGUCUCAGGUCCUCAUCAAUGGCAUCCUUCAGAAGGAGAAGUGGAUGAACGUGCGUGUGGGAGACAUCAUCAAACUGGAGAACAACCAGUUUGUGGCAGCCGAUCUCCUCCUUCUGUCAAGCAGCGAGCCACACGGACUGUGCUACAUCGAGACGGCGGAGCUGGAUGGGGAGACCAACAUGAAGGUGCGUCAGUCCCUGCCAGUGACCUCGGAGCUGGGAGACCCUGAGAGACUGGCCCGCUUUGAUGGAGAGGUGGUCUGCGAGCCGCCCAAUAACAAGCUGGACCGGUUCUGUGGGACUCUGUACUGGCAGGAGAACAAGUACGGCCUGAGCAACCAGAACAUGCUACUGCGCGGCUGUGUGCUGAGGAACACGGAGAGCUGCUACGGGCUGGUCAUCUUCGCAGGUCCUGACACCAAGCUGAUGCAGAAUAGUGGACGCACCAAGUUUAAGAGAACAAGUAUCGACCGCCUGAUGAACACACUGGUGCUCUGGAUCUUUGGGUUCCUGGUGUGUAUGGGAGUGAUCCUGUCCAUUGGGAACGCUGUGUGGGAGAAGGAGGUCGGCUCCCUGUUCCAGAUCUAUCUGCCCUGGGACCAGCCCAUUGACAACUUCCUGUUCUCCGGCUUCCUGUCCUUCUGGUCCUACGUCAUCAUCCUGAACACCGUUGUGCCUAUCUCGCUCUAUGUCAGUGUGGAGGUGAUCAGGCUUGGCCACAGUUACUUCAUCAACUGGGACAGGAAGAUGUACUGCCAGCGCCGGAACACGCCGGCAGAGGCCCGCACCACCACGCUGAACGAGGAGCUGGGCCAGGUGGAGUACAUCUUCUCCGACAAGACCGGCACGCUCACGCAGAACAUCAUGACCUUCAACAAGUGCUCUAUCAACGGCAAGGCCUACGGUGAGGUGAUUGACACUCUAGGGUCACAGCCCAAAAUGACAACUAGAGCUGAGCCACUGGACUUUUCCUUCAACCCGCUGGCCGACAGCAGGUUCUCGUUCUGUGACCAGAGCCUGCUGGAGGCGGUCAAGCUGGACGACCCGGCCACUCACGAGUUCUUCAGGCUGCUGUCGCUCUGCCACACGGUCAUGGCUGAAGAGAAGAGUGAGGGAGAGCUACUGUACAAGGCCCAGUCCCCAGAUGAGGGCGCCCUGGUGACAGCUGCCCGGAACUUCGGGUUCGUGUUCCGCUCUCGCACGCCCGGCACCAUCACCGUGCAGGAGCUGGGCCGGCCCGUCACCUACACCCUGCUGGCCAUCCUGGACUUCAACAACAUCCGCAAGAGAAUGUCUGUCAUCGUGCGGAACCCCGAGGGCAGGAUCAGGCUGUACUGUAAGGGUGCCGACACGCUGCUGUUUGAGAGACUGCAUCCCUGUAACCAGGACCUGCUGAACAUCACCUCCGACCACCUCAAUGAGUAUGCUGUGGACGGGCUGCGCACCCUGGCGCUGGCGUACCGGGACCUGUCGGACCAGCAGUACGAGGAGUGGGCCCUGCGGCACCAGAGUGCCAGCAGGGCGGCCGACUGUCGUGAGGAGAGGCUGGCAGCCGUGUACGAGGACGUGGAGCAGGACAUGAUGCUCCUGGGAGCCACGGCGAUCGAGGACAAGCUGCAGGAGGGUGUCCCCGAGACCAUCGCCAUCCUCACUCUGGCCAACAUCAAGAUCUGGGUGCUGACAGGGGACAAGCAGGAGACAGCAGUGAAUAUUGGAUAUUCGUGUAAGAUGCUGACGGACGACAUGAGCGAGGUGUUCAUAAUAAGUGGGCACACCGUGCAGAGCGUCAGGGAGGAGCUCAGGCGCGCCAGGGAGCGGAUGUUGGAGCUGGCUAGAUCCAUGGGGAACGGCUACAGCUGGCAGGAGAAAGGCAACCCACCCAGACCCCCCUCCACACUGCUGGACACCCUGCCUGGGGAUUACGCCCUGGUCAUCAACGGGCACAGCCUGGCCCACGCCCUGGAGGCCGAUAUGGAGCGGGAGUUUCUGGAGACGGCCUGCGCCUGCAAGGCUGUGAUCUGCUGCCGGGUCACGCCCCUGCAGAAGGCCCUGGUGGUGGAACUGAUCAAGAGGCACAAGAAGGCCGUGACCCUGGCCAUAGGGGACGGGGCCAAUGACGUCAGCAUGAUCAAGACCUGGAGUACCCUCAUCUCUGUCUCUCUCUGUCAGGACGUCCCAGAGCACCGCAGCCUGGAGUACCCAAAGCUGUAUGAACCUGGGCAGCUGAACCUGCUCUUCAACAAGCGCGAGUUCUUCAUCUGCAUCGCUCAGGGCAUCUACACCUCCGUCGUCCUGUUCUUCGUGCCGUACGGCGUCUUCGCGGAGGCCACGCGGAGCGACGGCACGCCGCUGGCCGACUACCAGACCUUCGCCGUCACCGUGGCGACCUCCCUCGUCAUCGUCGUGAGCGUGCAGAUCGGGCUGGACACGGGCUACUGGACAGCCAUCAACCAUUUCUUCAUCUUGGGCUCGCUGGGCACCUACUUCACCAUCCUCUUCGCCAUGCACAGCGAAACGCUCUUCUCCAUCUUUCCCAACCAGUUCAGGUUUGCAGGUGAGACACUGGGAGAGCUGGGAAUAUGCACUCUCGCUCACCUGUUUCAGCAGGUGCGCUACACCCAGCUUGUGCGGAAGAAGCAGAAGCCGAGAUCGGGGACCCGGGGCACCCUGGGGCGCAUGGGCCGCGGCGGCUCGCGGAGGUCGGGCUACGCCUUCGCCCACCAGGAGGGCUUCGGCGAGCUCAUCACCUCCGGCAAGAACAUGCGGCUCAGCUCGCUGGCGCUGUCCAGCUUCGCCACGCGGCACAGCGCCAGCUGGAUCGACACCCUGCGCAAGAAGAGGUCGGCCGCCAGCGGGGGGGAGAGCCCCAGCCCGGCCUCGCAGGAGCCCCCUGAAGAGGGGGCCCCCACGCCACCCCUGCCUGAGCACAGCGCCUCGGUCACCCCUGCCAGGAGCCCGGCUAGCGAGGGGCUGAGCUGGGGCAGCAUGGGAUUGGUCGCUGUACAGCGAGGGAAGAUGCGCUGCUGGAUCGUGGGGCUCUGUCUGAGUGUCCUGGCCGGGGCCAGAGACAUCCCGGACCACCUGUGUCCUGCCCCGGUCGCUCGGCUGCCCCUCAAGAAGCUGUUCGAGGGUCCAGAGCUGCCCAGUAAAUCUCCCACACUGGGAGAGGCUUUCAGACUGCUGAUCCUCUGCUGGAGAAGAGAGCUGAUCGAGCGUCACAGGGUCGUAUUAACAGUCACGGGGGGUCGGGCCUGUGACAGCGGGCUCCCAGGAAGUCACAGACCCCAGGGCAUCAGUGCCCAGUGA